AUGUUUCAUUUUGUCUCUACAGGUUGCAGUGUUGUUAUUGCCUCUCGUAAAUUUGACCGAUUAAAAGCUGCUGCAGAAGAACUGAAUAAUACAUUUUCUUCCAUGAGUCCUGCCAAAGUGACUCCCAUGCAGUGCAAUAUCCGCAAAGAAGAUGAGGUAGAAGCUUUGGUGAAGUCUACACUGAGUCUGCAUGGGAAGAUUGACUUCCUGGUGAAUAAUGGAGGGGGACAAUUUGCAAGUCCUUCUGAAGCCAUCAGUGCAAAAGGCUGGAAUGCUGUGAUAGACACGAAUCUGACAGGGACCUUCUACUGCUGCAAAGCAGUGUACAACGCCUGGAUGCAGGAACAUGGAGGAGUCAUUGUCAACAUUACUGCUGCCGUGAGAAAUGGGUUUCCUGGAAUGUCGCAUACAGCAGCUGCAAGAGCUGCAGUGGGUAACCUAACCAAGAGUUUAGCCUUAGAAUGGGCCCACAGUGGAGUAAGAAUCAACAGCGUUGCUCCUGGAAUAGUAUUUUCAGAAACUGCUGUUGCAAACUAUGGAGAACAAGGUUCAAUGUUAUGGUUAAAGAGCAUGCCAAAGAUUCCUGCCAAGAGGUCAGCGGUUCCUGAGGAGAUCUCUCCUACAGUGUGCUUCCUACUGUCUCCAGCUGCUUCUUACGUAACUGGGAUAACCGUGGUUGUGGAUGGUGGCCAAAGUUUGUAUGGACAGACCUUAGAAAUACCCGAUCAUGACAGAUGGCCCCCACCACCAGAAGGAAAAAAUUCUGAAAUGCUUAAAAAGCUUAUUUCUGGCAAGUUCAGGCCAAAGCUGUAA